AUGAUUCCUCGUAUCUUGUAUAUCCCUAGAGUGGCCCCUAGAGGACUUCUAAGAUUACAAUUCAAUAAUACUUUUGAACAGAAGUCGAGGAUGUCCUUUGCUAGGUAUGCUUCAUCAACACCUUCACCACCCAAGACAUCAUCGAAUGGCUCAGGGGGCAGAGGUAAUCCAAAAGUUAAAAUGUUAAUAGUCUUAGGUGCUUUGGUUUUAGGUUCCACGGUUGUUUCUAGUGGAUAUACAAGAAGGACACCCCAAUCUGCAAUUGAACCGAACUCAAAGACGGGUGAGGCAAUACCUAAAGAAAAGAUAUCUGUUAUAUUCGUAUUGGGUGGCCCUGGAUCAGGUAAAGGAACUCAAUGCGCUAAGCUUGUUGAACAUCAUAAAUUUGUUCAUUUAUCGGCCGGAGAUUUGUUGAGGGCUGAACAAAAUCGAGAAGGAUCUAAAUAUGGCGAGCUUAUUGCUAAAUGCAUAAAGGAGGGAACAAUUGUGCCGCAGGAAGUCACUGUGAAAUUGUUGAAGAACGCUAUCGCUGAGAACUCUAAGAAAGGGAAUUUCAAAUUUUUGGUGGAUGGAUUCCCAAGGAAAAUGGACCAGGCGUUAACUUUUGAGUCAGAGAUUGCAAAGUCAUCCUUUACAUUAUUCUUUGAUUGUCCAGAGAAGGUUAUGCUUAAAAGGUUAUUAGAGAGAGGUAAGACCAGCGGUCGUACUGAUGAUAACGUUGAGAGUAUAAAAAAGAGAUUCAGAACUUUUGUUGAAACUUCAAUGCCGGUGGUUGACUAUUAUGACAAAGAAGGAAAAGUAGUCAAAAUUUCUUGCGACUUACCGGUUGAUGAAGUUUAUUCUAAAGUAGAAGAAGCAAUGCAUACUAGAGGAAUUCAAUAG